AUGACUCUUGACGUUGCAGAUGAGUGCACCGAAAAAGAAAUCGAUCCGUCAGCCCAACAUCAGACAAACCAAACGGAUAUUCGUUUAGUGGAGAGAAACUGGCAAAGGUUUUCGUUCAUUCUAGAUCAAUACCAAGAGCAACUACAUUUGAUCGAUUCACACCUCGAUGGACUACUCACUAAAAUCAUCAACAUCAUUCGAGAGGAAGUGCUGGAUUAUGAGGUGAAACAUGUGGCCUUCCGAUGCCUCUACUUUAUAUCGAAAGUCAGGGGCUACAAAGUUGUAGCAAGACAUCUUCCUCAUGAGACUGCCGAUCUGGAGCCUUUGCUACAUUACUUGGAAAACCAAGACCAUGGUGUGCAACUAAAAUGGGAGACUCAUUACAGCUUGUUUCUCUGGCUCAGCAUUGUAGUUAAAAUCCCAUUCCACCUUCAGCGAUUUGACACCAGCACUUCAGAGCCAAUCAUGGAAAGAAUUCUGAAUGUCUGUAAGAAAUACCUGGCUGGGACAACAAAAGCUCAGGACAUGGCCUUUUAUGUAUCGGCAAUCUAUCUUACAAGGCCUGAUGUCAAAGAUUCCUAUCUACCAGGAUUCAUCAAUUGGGCUCAUGAGGUUCUUACCAAAGAUAGUGCUCAGUUCAAAAAAGGAGUUCUUUCAACGUUGGCCGGCGUAUUCAAACAUGGGCAAAGAGAACAAAUGAUGGAGCAUGCACAUGCUGUGCUGCGUACAAUCCUGACGAUUAAAUUCCAACCGUCAGAAUUGCUUAUACAGUUAAGAAACCGUUGGUGAAGCUGACGCAGCGAAUAGGUUUGAUAUUCUUGAAACCUCGAGUUGCCUCUUGGAGAUACCAGCGGGGCAGCAGAUCAUUAGCUGCCAAUCUGCAACAGAGCCAACCCGUUGAGACUAAAGCAGCUAUUUCGGUGAAUGAUGAAGAUGACCACGAUUACGACGUGCCGGAAGAAAUCGAAGAAGUACUUAACGAGAUCCUGCAAGCCCUCCGAGACAAGAACCGUGAAGUCCAGUACUCUGCAGCAAAAGGCAUUGGGCGGCUGACCAGUCGCUUAUCAAAGAACUUUGCCGACCAG